UAUUUCUAUUGUCUGUGAUUUUACACUCCGCACAUUUCUAUUCACAUUUUGUUCACGGCCUGUUUCAUAGCAGUCGACCAAGAACCAUGAUGACGUAUGGUUUGUGUAAUCUCUUCAUAAACAAUUAUUUUCAAACGUGAGAAAUUAUUUUAUAGUUAAAAAAAAAAACAAAUUAAUAAAUAAACUAUGUUUUCUAAUACAUAGUAUUCAUUUCAUCAAAUACUGAUUAUUUAGUCGUAAUAAUAUCUUAAUAUCUGUCACCAAACUCGUUUAAUUGAAAGUUUCAUUAUAAAUUCAUUUAUUGACGGUGUUAUUUAAUUUUCCUUUGUAUUAAUUUGUGAAAAUAAUAAAAAGUUAAAUGGUUCACAAUGGUGAGACUAACGGAAGAAAUGGUUGUUGCUAGAUCACGAAUUUCGGAUCUUACUGCUGUUAAAAAACUCAAUUGUUGGGGCUCCGAAUUAACAGAUGUUAGUAUUUUACGUGAAUUAAAAAAAGUCGAAGUUUUAUCACUGAGCGUCAACAAAAUAAACAGCUUAUCAGAUUUUCAAUUCUGUUCAAAUCUAAAAGAUUUAUUUGUUAGAAGAAAUAACAUAACAGAUUUAAAUGAAAUAUGUUAUUUACAAAAUUUACCAAACCUUCGUAAUUUAUGGCUUGAAGAAAAUCCUUGCGCUGAAAGAGAGGGAUAUCGUAUGGCUGUAAUUAGAGCUCUACCAAAUUUAGAAAAGCUUGAUGAUAAAUUUGUAACUGCUGAUGAAAUAAAUGUUGCAUUAUCACGGGGAAAAAUUCUUGUCCAUCCUCUGAGUAUGGAUGCGUCACCCCCACAUUCAGAUCCAGCAAGUCCUGAGGAAGUCGCUGAGUUCAUUGACGACGUUGUAUUAGAGAGAAAUAGGAGAUACAGUUCAUCUAGCGACCAGAGAAGUUAUGAGGAUCCUCAUCAAGUUCAUGAAGAAUAUCAAGAUACUGAUCGAAGAAAUGCUAAUUAUAAUGCAUCAUCUCCUCAUCAAUAUUCUCAAAAUAAUCAUCACUACAAUUAUGACCUUCAAAAUGGACAAACUAAAAAUCAAGUAAAAGAUGAAACAGCUAAAAUUGAAUUACGUACCAAUGGACACAGCUUGCAGAAUAACAUUCCUGAAUUUCCUAAGGAUUACGAUGAUCGUCCAGCUGUUGCAAAACAGAAUGGAGAUUAUGAAGAUCGUCGCGGUUAUAGUGCUGAGUACGAGAGAUCGAGUGAACCUAAUACUCAUCGUUCGCAGCAAGUUCUGCCGUCACCAAGAACAGCUUACUCUGUCAACGAGUAUGGCGAUGAAAGACGAUCUAUAGAUCGAAAUAUUUAUGAAUGUGAAGACAGAAGACAAAUAGAUUAUGAGGAAUUACAUCAAUCAAGACGAACGUCUGCUCACCAAAACAGUGAAAGGGAGGAUCCUAGAGAAAUGCCAGGUUGGGUGCGACAUUCGGAGAAAGAUAAAUGCCGGUUUCAUUAUCACAGGAGACCUGUUACGAGAAAUUCAAACAUUUUAUCUGCUGUUUUGUGUCUUGUGAAAGAAUUAGAUUACCCAAGUUUGGAAGUUGUCGAAAUGGCAGUUCGCAACAGAAUGGACGAAUUAGAAGAAUGAUGUAUCUGACGCCGU